AUGCCGAGCCCCCAGGAAGAAUCGCCCGGGGAGGAUUACUUCAACGAUCUGUCGCAACAGCCUUCGACUGGCAACAACCACAACAGUACCAGUAAAGAGGGCGAGAAAGAUAAUGAGGUUCCCAAGCCUAAGCGCAUUGCUUGCGUGCUUUGCAGGAAACGGAAGCUGAAGUGUGAUGGGGACAAACCAGCGUGUGGGACAUGUACCAGACUACAACAUGACUGCUCGUAUGACGAGGUUAGGAGGAAGAGUGGGCCGAAGAGGGGAUAUGUGAAGGCAUUGGAGGCGAGACUUGCCCAAGUCGAGACGAUGUUGAAGACACAGGACGACGGGACUCCGAACAAGAGAGCGAAGGGGCACGAUACGCAAAAUCAGGCGCAAUCGCAAGCGUCGGUACAAGCUUCAAACGGUUUACAGGAAUUCGAGGACCUGAUGCCACAGCUGCAGCAGUCGACGGAUUUCUCGACCGACCCAGGCAUGUUGGGAACGUCUGGAGCACUGGGCGGCGAUUUGGACAAUGCGGCAGAAGAACCUUUCCCUUGGGAGAUGAUAGGUCUGGGACUGGAUGAACCUCUACCUGCGCAGGAAGUGAUUAACGAGCUCAAUCAAGUCUACUUCGACAAAAUCCACCCUGCGAUGCCCAUGAUCCAUCAGCCCAGAUAUUAUGCGGCAAUGAACUUGGCGCCGCAUGUGCGACCGCCCGUCUGCUUGCGAUAUGCGAUGUGGGCCAAUGCAGCAUCGGUAACUAAUAAAUACGAAAAUCUGCAGGAGCACUUUUAUCAGCGCGCCAGGAAAUACAUCCAGCAGGACGAGAUGAAGGGCCAUGGCGAAUCGAUGAUCACAAUCGCACAUUGUCAGACUUGGGUUCUACUGGCGACAUACGAAUUCAAGUUGAUGUACUUCCCGCGAGCUUGGAUGUCUUCUGGAAGGGCUUGUCGGAUGUCGCAAAUGAUGGGCCUGCAUAGGGUUGACGGCCAAGGACUCGAUGUCAAACAGUGCCUGCCUCCUCCAAGAGACUGGACUGAGCGCGAAGAGAGGAGACGAACUUUCUGGUCGUGCUUCUGUGUCGACCGAUACUCUAGUAUUGGAACCGGAUGGCCCAUGACGAUCGAAGAACAGGACAUCUCGACUGUUCUGCCUACGCCAGAGGAAGCGUACGAACUAAAUAAGCCGGCGAAGACAAUCCACCUACGUGAAGCGCUAGAGCCCUCUGGGCCGGCUAAUCUGUCCUCUUUUUCGGGUGUGGUGUUGAUGGCAUGCUUAUUCGGUCGUAACCUUACGCAUCUUCACAGGCCUAGCCCUGAUGACCGAGACGACGAUGUGAACGGCGACUUCUGGAAGAGGCACAGAGAGAUGGACAACAUCCUCCUACACACGGCUCUCGCGUUACCGGAGCACCUACGUCUCCCAUGUGGACUCAACAACGCGAACGUCGUCUUCAUGAAUAUGAACAUACACACCUCGACAAUCUGUCUGCAUCAAGCGGCCAUCUUCAAGGCGGACAAGAACCGUAUGCCUGCCAGAAUAUCCGCGGAGAGCAAGGUCAGGUGUAUCACGGCCGCGGCUGAGAUAGCCAGUAUCAUGCGCCAGAUCAGCCAUUUGGAUACAUCAGGGGUAAGUUCACAAUCUGUUGAUGCUCCAUCAAUCGAGAUGCUAACUAGUCAAUAGAUGCACCCAUUCAUCUCGUUCUGUCUCUACGUUGCUGCGCGAGUCUUUGUGCAGUACCUGAAGUCCAGGCCAAAAGAUGAUCAGGUCAAGACAUCAUUACAAUUCCUCCUCACUGCAAUGCACGCAAUCAAGCGCAAGAAUCCGCUCACGGAAUCUUUCUUGGUGCAAUUGGACGUCGAUCUCGAGCACGCAGGGCUGCAGGAUUCGAUGCAGCUGCGCGCUCAAUUGGACCAGCUCAUGAAAUCGACAAUUCGCAACCCAACGAGAUCUGAGGGCUGCCCGAUGUCUGAAUGGCUGGGCAUGGAUAAGAUGUCUAACAAGGCACCCCACACGUAUGGGGAUAAUGGGCUGGCUGCUUUCACCCACCCACGCACAAACAUUGUCGAUCCAAGCGACUUGACCGACCAGUCACAAGCUUUCGGGCAUAAUCAGAAGCCCAGCGCCACAAACCAGUUCAACUUGCCCAAUCGACAACGCACACCAGGCUCUGGGCCGGGCACUUAUCAGAGUCCAGGCAACUUCAACCCGGAAAUGGAUACCAGUCCCGAUGGAAGCAGCAAUGAUCAUCUCACGCCCGGUUCCAGCACACAGUCCAAUCCAAAUCAGUCUUCGCACACGUCUCAUACGGGCUAUUCUCCGCAGAAUCAACAACAAGGUGGCGCUGGCGGCGUCACGCAAGCGAAUGACCUUGCAGGCAUCACGGGCAUCUUUGACCCCAACGACGCUUCGUUUAACAUGGCAGACUUCAGCAUGUCGGACUUUCCCAUGGAGCACCCGCAGCAGGGCUUCGUCUUACCGCAGAAUUGGGCCGGAGGCAGUGGUUCCAACAGCGGCACCGGAUUAACACCAGGAUCGAAUUCUAGUACGGGAGCGACGGGUAUCAUGGCCGGGUUCAGUGGAGGCGGCUUGGGUGAUAUGAUGCCGGGGAUGAGCGAUGCGGAUUGGAAUCAGGUGCUGGAGAGCUUCACGGGGUGGGAAGGUACUGUCGAGGCCGGAGGCGGCGGUGGAUCGGAAAUCUUCGGCGCGAAGAGAAUGUAA